AUGGGAGUUCGAAGCACCAAGACUUCUGUCAAGAAUAGCCAUUCUCCUAGUGAACCGAGUGUAGCCAUGUCCAAGCCUCAACAACCCGAGCGAACCAUGCAGUAUCAGGACGAGCUGCCGCCGCUUCCACUGCCUCCACUGGAGCAAACUCUGGAGAAAUACAUCAAGAGUUGCGAGCCACUGUUGACACCCAGCGAGCUGGAUCAUACUAAGGCUGUAUGCCACGAUUUCUUGCACGGUGUGGGGCCUCAACUGCAAGCUAUUCUUCAGGAACGUGCGGACACGGAGCGUAACUGGAUCGAGGAGUGGUGGGAGACCUUUGCGUACUUGCAGCCGCGCUAUCCUUCGGCUAUCAAUAUCAACUGGUACGGCGUUCUCCCUGGCAACUGGGGACCGAGAGAUAUGAGCCAAUGUGAAGCUGCAUCCAUCUUCACACACGCCAUCCUCAAGUUCCGUAAGAACUUACUUGAGGAGAAGUACCCCGUCGAGAAGAUGAUGGGUCGACCGCUGUGUAUGUUUACGUAUUCACGCAUGUUCAACACGUGCGUUAUUCCUGGAGAGGAGUGCGACGAAAUGGUCUCGUACCCACAUGAUGCUAAGCACAUUCUCGUGCUGAGGAACAACUGCAUGUGGGCAGUGCAAGUGUUUGGUGACAAUGGAGAGGAAAUCCCACUCGCAGACAUCCUCAGACAAUUCGAGCUCGUCCGCGAUGAAGCCACAGGACUCUUCGACUUGGAACGCUACCCUCCAGUCAGCGUCUUAACAUCAGAGAACCGCACCAAUUGGGCCAAGAUGACAUCAACAAACAGUCGUUUUGAUCUAAUCGAGCGAGCUUUGUUCUGUGUGGCGCUGGACGAGAGCUCUGCGUCGACGUAUGAUGAGAUCGCGCGCAAUUGUUUGCUUGGAGAUGGCCGCAAUCGCUGGUACGACAAGCCAUUCACACUCAUCAUCCACGAGAAUGCUCGUGGCGGCCUGAAUGGUCAACACGCGUGGGCUGAUGCUCUCGUGGUGGUUCGUCUAUUCGAUUACUGCAUCAAGUACGUGAACGAGAACUUCAAGGCCAAGUUCGCCAACCGCGCUGACUUGAAACCCACGCUUAAUCUCAAGCCCAAACGUCUGGACUGGGUACUAGACAACGCCGCCUACACAGCUAUUGAAUGUGCCAGUGCAGCAGUAGGCAAGAUGAUCCACACUAGUGACAUCGCGACGAUGCAGUUCAACCACUACGGCUCAGCGUUCCUCAAGAGAUACAAGUUAACUCCCGAUUUCUUCAUGCAGAUGGCUAUUCAGCUAGCGCAUUAUAAAAUGCACAUUAAAGUCCCCGCAGUCUAUGAGACAGCACACACGAGAAUGUUCUAUCAUGGUCGUACCGAGACCAUUCGAUCGCUGUCGAAGGAGUCGCUUACGUUCGUCAAGACGAUGGAGUCGAACGCCUCGGAUGGAGCCAAGUGGGACGCGUUGAAAACUGCUAUCGACGCGCAUAAGGAGACGCUGAAGGAGUGUCUGACUGGAGACGGUAUUGACCGCCACUUUAUGGGUCUACAGAUUGUGGCUGAAAUGUCUGGUAUCACACCCAAGCCUUCGUUGUUUACGGAUCGAGCAUUCGAGGUGAGCAAGAAGUUUCUGGUCUCCACUAGUAACAUCAGUGGCGGUCCCGGUGCUAGUCCUAUUUGGGGAGGGUUCUCAGCCAUGUACAAUGAAGGCUAUGGCGUCUGCUAUGCACUGCAACCGGACCGUAUUAACGUGAGCAUCACGUGCUACCAUGUGUGUCCGGAGACGAGUGCAGCCACAUUCAAACGCCACUUGGAGACUGCAUUGCUGGAAAUGGUGGACCUCUGCCUCACACGCAACGUCAUCUACGUCGGCUCGUCCAAGAUCUAA